CCUGUCUCGCCAACGAGAAAAACAACACUCUUUCUUCUUCCCUUCCUUCAUUUUCUUCUCCCUCUAGACAAUGGAUUCCCCCUCUAGUUCCUCCGUCAUCAUAAUUGGCGCUGGAAUCUCCGGUUUAUCUGCGGCGAAGGUGCUGGCUGAGAAUGGAAUAGAGGAUGUGGUGAUUUUGGAGGCGUCGGAUCGUAUUGGUGGUAGGAUCCGUAAGGAAAAUUUCGUUGGCGUAUCGGUGGAGCUUGGUGCUGGUUGGAUCGCCGGUGUUGGUGGUAAAGAGUCCAAUCCUGUUUGGGAGCUUGCAAAUCAAUCUGGUCUCCGUACUUGCUUCUCUGAUUAUAGCAAUGCUCGUUAUAAUAUAUACGAUCGCAGUGGAAAGAUAUUUCCAAGUGGGGUGGCGGCUGAUUCUUACAAGAAGGCGGUGGAUUCAGCUAUUAUGAAGCUGAGAAGCCUAGAGGCAAACCAUGUUGGUGAAGUUAUUGAACCGCCAUGCUUACCCAAGACGCCAAUAGAGCUCGCUAUUGACUUCAUUCUCCAUGACUUUGAGAUGGCAGAGGUUGAGCCAAUAUCCACAUAUGUUGAUUUUGGAGAAAGAGAAUUUCUAGUAGCAGAUGAAAGAGGGUAUGAGUAUUUGCUAUACAAAAUGGCUGAGGAUUUUCUUUUUACCUCUGAGGGUAAAGUCUUGGAUACUCGUCUGAAACUCAACAAGGUUGUUAGGGAAAUACAGCACUCGAGAAACGGUGUUAUUGUGAAAACGGAGGAUGGUUGCGUCUACGAAGCCAAUUAUGUGGUUUUGUCAGCUAGCAUUGGUGUUCUCCAGAGCGACCUCAUUUCUUUUAGGCCUCCCUUGCCCAGGUGGAAAACAGAGGCCAUUGAGAAAUGUGAUGUGAUGGUUUAUACGAAGAUUUUCCUCAAGUUUCCAUAUAAAUUUUGGCCUUGUGGUCCUGAAAAAGAAUUCUUUAUCUACGCCCACGAGCGGAGAGGAUACUACACAUUUUGGCAGCACAUGGAGAAUGCAUACCCUGGUUCAAAUAUCCUGGUUGUAACGUUGACCAAUGGGGAAUCAAAACGUGUCGAGGCUCAAUCUGACGAGGAGACGUUGAAAGAAGCCAUGGAAGUGCUUAGAGACAUGUUUGGGCCCAACAUACCUAACGCUACUGAUAUUCUUGUGCCCCGCUGGUGGAACAACAGAUUCCAGCGUGGCAGCUACAGCAAUUACCCCAUCAUUUCAAAUAACCAAGUUGUUCAUGAUAUUAAGGCCCCAGUAGGGCGCAUUUUCUUUACCGGUGAACAUACUAGUGAAAGAUUUAAUGGUUACGUCCACGGUGGAUACCUUUCUGGUAUAGACACGAGUAAAUCUCUGUUGGAAGAAAUGAGAGAAGAAAAGGAAAGAAAAAGCGAGAGUCAGACGUUUUUGCUAGAGCCACUGCUAGCAUUGACAGGAUCAUUAACUCUGACACAAACAGAAACAGUUUCAAAUCUACACAAAUGUGAUAUUCCCACACAAUUUUAUCUUAGUGGCAAGCUAGGCAUUCCGGAAGCUAUAUUAUGACUAUAUGGACCACUGAAAGAUUCCCACUUUGAUGAUGAUGAUGAUGAUGAUGAAACUGAGAACAACCAGAUAGAUGGCCAGAUGGGCUUGGACUCGAAUUCAGUUCAGACACUAAAUGCCAUUCAGAGAGUAGGAUGAAGAUAGAAGAACAAGAAGCAAGAAAAUGGGCAAAGGCAUGCAGUGGGAGGAAAUGGAUUUGUCCUCACGGUGAUGCUACUAAGCCUUAAAGAUUUGUCCUGCCAGGCUAUGAAUUUUGGAGGGAAUUGAUUUAGGGAUAUGUAAUGGCGUGAUUCAUUGGAGGGAGAAAUGAGAUACGAGGAGGUAUACUUUGAAUUUAAUUGUACUUUUUACUUGUUUAUAAUAAAAAGAGAAAAAAAAAAAAAAACCCUUCUUCCAAACUAAUCUGGUUUAUCUAAUUAUUUCUGUUGUUUGAUUCACCAUCAUCGUUCCAAUGUAUGAAUUAGGGUUUAGUUUAGCAAUCAACUAGUGGUAUUCCAUUGGAAGAAGAAAUGCAUCAUUCCAAUUC